ACCUGAAUCCUGCAAUCGAGGAGCAACAGAAACGGCGAUGGGAAGAUCAGCUCUGAUUCACUUGCUUCGCUCCCAAUCCCGACGUCUCUCUUCCUCGACCCUUACUACAGGAUAUCAUCAUCGGUCAAUAGCAGGAUCAUGGUCAUCAUCAGUGAUCCCUAAGGUUAGAUUCCAGGUUCCAUCUCUUAACCAGAGGAGUUGGGCAUCAUCUGGAGCAAAUACUAGAGAAGAUGAUGAUGAGCACAAGAUCAGCAUCGGACCUCAAGGGAAGAAAGAAGAGAAUGAUGGAGGGGUGGUUUACUAUGGCCCAAUCUCAUCCACCAUCAAGAAAGUGAAACUCCUCUCACUCUCCACCUGCUGUCUCUCAGUGUCUCUUGGCCCAGUCAUCACCUUCAUGACUUCCCCUGGACUGAAUGUGAUCAUGAAAGGUGCGGUUGCCUCCACAGUGAUCUUCCUAAGCGCAUCAACAACCGCUGCGCUCCACUGGUUUGUUAGUCCUUACGUGCACAAGUUGAGGUGGCAGCCGGGCUCAGACACCUUUGAGGUUGAGAUGAUGACAUGGCUUGCCACAUUUACCCCAAAGACACUAAAAUUCUCAGAUAUACGUUAUCCAGACACGCAAAGACCGUUUGUUAGCUUUAAGGCGGACGGGAAUUACUACUUUGUGGACGCAGAUCAUUGCCCUAACAAGGCAUUGUUGGCCAGGCUCACUCCUCCAAAGGAUGCACACGAUUCUGCUUUCAAGAACUUGUAAUCCAUUUUAGUUUCUUUGUUAUACUUGCUCGCUAUUUUUGGGUGUGGAUUUUGUUGAGGUUGUAGCUCUUUUGGAUCCUUGAAACUCCCUUUCUCAUGGCUAAUACCCGAAAGAUGCAAAUAAGAAAAGAGUUUAAAAUUGCGUAGUAA